UGUGGAUUUGGAUAAGCAGAUAAGGUACACACACUAUGUGGGUGUGUUCCCUUAGUGGAGCGAAAUUUUUUUUCUUCAACAAUUCAAAAGUUCUUCUAGAGGGUAACUUCAAGUUGAAAUCUUCCCUUACAUCUUCUUGCAACUUCACAUCUAAAUUGUUCAGAAGGGCAUUUCCUUGUUUCAAAGAAUACUAAUCACUAAAAUGCAUUCCCUUCGACGCGCAGCUGCUAGAGCAGCAUGCUCUACAACCUUUGCUGUCGCUGUCCCGCGCCAGCAGAUUGCUUCUUUUGCCAUGCAAAUCUGCAAGGCCAAUGCGCGACCGGCUACUAUCAUGCCUCUAGCUCGUUAUUUCUCUCAGACAUCGCGGGUUGCCCAAGAUGAGAGUGAGCGGGCUGCCGGAGAAGAGGACCUUUCCAAUAAGGUCUUCGUCAGGAACCUUCCCUAUGAUGCCACGGAUGAUCUUGUUAAGGAGGCGUUUAACAAGUAUGGAGAUAUCUUAGAGAUCCGCAUCGGCCGUGACCCCUCAGGCGCCAGCAAAGGCUACGGUUUCAUUACCUUCUCAAACGCAGAGUCAGCAACCCGCGCCAUUGAGGAAGCAGACAACUCGUUUUGGCAGGGUCGUCGUCUCUUUGUUCAGCCCAGGACAUCGCCUUCCGCUCCGCGAUCCGGAGUAAAGUCUCCGGGAGAGCCGACGACUUCGCUCUACAUCGGUAACAUUCCCUACGAAACGUCCGAUGCCGAUCUGAACAACAUCUUCCGGGAUCUGGAAGACGUUGUUAAUGUGCGCGUAGCUGUGGACCGCAACACUGGCUGGCCUCGCGGCUUCGCCCAUGCUGAUUUCAAGGACAUAGAGAGCGCACAAAGGGCGUACGACAAGCUCCAGAAUUUCCAGCUAGGAGACCGCACUCUACGCAUUGACUAUGCGAGCACUCCGAAUACCGAGCGACCUCGAUCUACCCGAAACCGAGACCCGCGCAACUAGGCGGGUUUCGACAGGUGUGAUGCUUUUGCCUUCGGAUUGAUGGCUAUCUCAUAUUCCAGGAGGCACUCGGUUGGACGAUGGGGUAUGUGACAUGUGACCAGGAAGGUGUCAUGACAGAUGAAUCAUGGGAGGUUCGAGGCAACAUGGAUCAGGCCUUACUAGCAGCUAUUCAUCAAUUGAAUGGAAAGCUAUUGUAUGUAACAUCAUGGGUUCAAGUUCUUUUUAAGAAGAGCUGCCUCUAUCAAAUAUGGUAGUCAGCACGAAACUUGGUUUCAUAGGAAACUGAAUGUAAAACUUCCUCUCUCUAA